CGCUGAGUUAAAAUGGUCAUAGUGAUGAAAGAAUGCACUGGAAUAGAAAUUCGUUGUGAGUGAAUACCCUGUCGGACGGAUCCGCGGUGAAACGCAAAGGUACGGUCGCUUCCAAGCCGAACAGAGACCUUUUCUCUUAAAAGCUACAUCAGACUCGAGGAGCGCGAGAAUACUUGAACGUACCAGAGUGUCUAUCUAUCCGCACAGAUGCCGUCUAUAUUUGACUCUCCAGAGUUAAAGUCUGGAGGAGAGACUGAUGUAUGAUUGCACGAGUCUUGAUUCGCUAUUAUGAGCGGGAAUAAUGGUGCCUGUUUCGGUUGAAAGUAACCGUAUGGAAGUCCGGAUGAAAGGAGCAAAGGCUUGGAACUCGGCAAAUCAGGCGCAUAUAGGGACCUAUCUUGAUCCCCUCAAGGCUUGCGCCCUCAGCGGCGAAAGCGGUGUCAACAUUGGCAAGUCGGAGUCAGCCACGUACACCAAGUACAUGAACAUAGUCCGUCAGACAAGACGCACUGCCUCGCGCGUCUCCGUGCUGAACGACGUGGAACGCAGCCGCCUGAGCAGCGUCAUGCGGCGCAUUGAUGGGGAGAGGGCGUACAGUACGGCCGUCAUGGACCGCCAAAAGAGACAGUUCAAGAAGUCGUUGGAGAGCUUGGACAGACAUCGCAGCGGCUUGCUACGGCAGAUUGAUGAGGUCAUCACCACGCCUUCGCACUUGCGGGCUAAACAGAGCAUGCUCAUGACUCGUCGCCACGGUGCCAGAGCAAGCAAAGACGGUACUGCAGCGAAGACCGACCAAAUAAGCGAUCAAGCGGCUGACUCGGCCCCCGAAAUCUUGCCAAAAAACGAAGGGGUCGACCGUUCGGAGUUCACCGGGUCCAGCACGGAGUUGCCUGCCGUAAAAUCGCGCGGUGAAAAGCCUCGGGUCGCGGAGCGCAAUGGGGAUAAUGGUGACUCAAAAGGGGAGAACGUACCCGUGUUUUAUACGGGACUUGGGCCUGAGAAACUUCAUCAGCAAGUUUGCAUGGUCCAUAGCAAGAAAACCGCAAAAAGGGCUAAGACAGUGACUGACGUAUAAAUGAUCAGUUAAUUUUGAGAUUUUUUUAAAAAUUAAUUGCAUACAAUUUGGAUGGAAUGUACAGAUUGAAUUGCUUAUAUGAACAUUUUUUUAAAUGCCUCAAUGUUUUGAAAUAUAAUAGUCGCGCUUAGAAAUAUAAGCAGCUCGCGCCGAAUAUUUUUAUACGCUUAUUUUUAAAACCCUUAGCUUUCUGUGUAUUUUUUUUAAAAAUAGUUGUGGGUGGUCUUCAGGAAUUUCAUGCUGAAUGACGCAUAUCACGGGACUUCAUAAUUACUACACUCUGGUAUUAAAGAUUGUAUGUCCCUGAUCAGCCAAACAAAUCAUUUGUAAAUUGGUCCUAUAAUGUUGAAUUGUAUAGACGUAAAAAUACUCUAAACUCUUUUGGUCUUCAUGGAAGUGUCAUAUAUCAACACAGAUUGAAUUACGAACGGAACACUUCUAAUGCAAAUUUUGAAACUAUAGUUUACUCUGUUACUCAUCAUGGGCCAAUUUUGUUCCCUAUGAUUUAUCAUUAUAGAGAGUUAAAACUUCUGUAAAGCCUAAAAUGAGCAAUCAAAUUUGGGUGCCGCACUGUAAGAAAAAGCGCCACACACCGACUUUGAGACCAUUUACAUUCAUCAUUACCUGAUAUUUCGCGUAACUUUUGUUAAGGCCGAAAUAGGAAAGAGGUUUAAGUUAUUUACGGUUUUAAGUUGUGCCCCAGUCAUUUCCCUUUGUUAUGUAUGUUAUGUCCAAUGAUAAUGUGUCGUUCUAUUAUAUCACGCAUAUUCAUCACACAAUAGGCUCUUCCUUUCUCAAACAUUUUGCCUUUGACAAAGGCCGUGAUCGAAACAUUACGCCCUCAACUUUUUAAAUCUCAACGGACUUAAUUUUCAAAAGGCAUUUUAUCGCAAAAGGUCUUAAUUUUCCUGCUGAGAUUUUCUUUUGUCUAUUAAGUGGGGCUCUGCCGACAAAGAGCCAUAUACCCAUUCCUACCAUUUCCCAACAUUGCUUUAAUUUAAUAAUUUCAUCUCGCAGUAUUACUGAGUCACCAAGUUAAAAAAAUAUUGUGUUUUCGAUCGCGGUCUUUUGAUCUUUGUUGUAUAAAAGGCUUUGUGUCAAUAUUCACUUCAAAUUACGAUUGAACACAACGAGAAUGAGUAUAAGUCUUGUGUGUUUUACUGAAGCAACGUUUAUAUUCCUGCGUAUUAUAUUCUGCUGUAGAUUCACUGCA